UUUGCGUAUAAGAGCAACACAAGUAAUGAUUGAAACCACAAUUCAAUGUUCAUCAAACCAAGAGAGUUUUGUAUUUAAUUUCAUUUUAGGUAAAUUAAAGCGACAAUGCGACAAACCAUUUUUUUAAUUAUAUGUACUGUCUUUAAAAGUACAGUCUUAGGGUGCCCUGAAGCAUGUUCUUGUGAUGGCUCUACUGUUUUUUGCGGAUUAAAAGGUCUAACGACAGUUCCGUCUGAAAUUCCAAAUUCAACAACCGUUUUGGACUUGCAAGAAAAUCAAAUCACCUCUAUAGAUGAAAAUAUUUUCAAUGGCUUUACGCGGCUUCAAACAUUGAAAUUGAAUACUAAUCGAAUCACCUCGCUAGAUGAAAAUAUUUUCAAUGGCUUGACGGAGCUUCAAACAUUGGACUUGCAACAUAAUCAAAUCACCUCGCUAGAUGAAAAUAUUUUUAAUGGCUUGACGGCGCUUCAAAUAUUGAGCUUGCAAAAUAAUCAAAUCACCUCGCUAGAUGAAAAUAUUUUCAGUGGCUUGACGGGGCUUGAAGGAUUGGAAUUGCAAAAUAAUCAAAUCACCUCGCUAGAUGAAAAUAUUUUUAAUGGCUUGACGGCGCUUGAAACAUUGGAAUUGCAAACUAAUCAAAUCACCUCGCUAGAUGAAAAUAUUUUUAAUGGCUUGACGGCGCUUCAAAUAUUGGAUUUACAUGGCAAUCCACUGAACUGUUCGAACUGCGAGUUGGAACAUCUCAAGUUCUUUUUACAAAAUCAUAAUCUCGAGGAUACAGGUGCAAUGUGUAAUGGCACAAUGGUAGUUGACUAUGGUUUCAUCAACUGCAUAGAGAUGACAACAGAAGGAGCCUCAGUAACUACUCAGCAUCAAACAAGCCUAAAUGUGAUUAGUACAGAGAUGACAACAGAAGGAGCCUCAGUAACUACUCAAACAAGCCUAAAUGUGAUUAGUACAGAUUCGACGACACAUUUACGCUUGAUUAUCAUUGCUGCUGUUUGUGGCUUUACUUUAUCUGUUAUCAGCAUCCUCCUUAUUUCCUGCAUUUACUGUCACUAUAAGAGUAAACGUCGCGUCAAUAGCGAAAAUGUGGAUUAAAAGGACCAACAGCUAUUCCACACGACAACAUUUUGUGCAGACCAACAGUAGAUAGCCGGGUGUUUUCUAUUAAGUGUUUUAUAAAUAAACUAGUAAUCAGUAACCACAAAUGAAGAUGUAAAAACAUAUUGUCUACAAAUUAUGGUUGGAUAGAAUAUUUGAAAUAUUUGAUAAAUAUAGGAAAAUACUCCUGUUCCUUAACCCCUGCACAAAAAGUUUAAAUUGUUAGAAGCAGCAUUUGACUAACCAAAUCAAUUGUAAUAUAUCUUAUUAUGACUUGAUCAAUCUUACAAGUGUUACUAAAUUUUUUUAAUUUGUGUCUAAUACUGUAGUAUGUAAUUUCAUAUGUUUCAUCAUAUUUCAAAAAAAAUUAAAAAAUCCCAAGUCCCGAAAGUUGUCAAUCCCGAAUUCCCGCAAAAAUAAAGACCCAUUACCAACGUCCAGAAAAUGGUCCUUCCGUCCCUCUUAAAAGAUGGACGAAAGAUACCAGAGGGACAGUCACACUCAUAGAUCGAAAACAAACUGACAACGUCAUGGCCAAAAAUUAAAAAAAAACAGACAAAUUAUAGUACAGAUGACACAACAUAGAAAACAAAAGACUAAGUAACACGAACCCCAUCGAAAACUGGAGGUGAUCUCAGGUGCUCCGGAAGGGCAAGCAGAUCCUGCUCCACAUGUGGCACCCGUCGUGUUAAUAGAGAACUAAAUAUACUCUACAUUAACCUUACUUCUCAUCAAAGCCUUUUAAGGAAAUACCAGAUACUUUUCGAAAUCCACUUAUUGCUAAACAAAAAACGUUUCGCUUAGACUUUCAAAGUAUCAAAAAUUUUGUAAAUAUCAGAAUUAAUUUCAAA